GCGGAGGAGACUCUCGGGACAGCGAGUCCAAGGAGCAAAAGGACCACUAGAAGCGGAGUAGUAGUAGCAGAUAUAAAAAUACCACACAGGGAUGGUGUCGAGGCGAAAAAUCCUGUCGCGCUCGCGAGACAAUCUCGCGGACACGCAAUACGAACAAGAGGAGGAGGAAGAUGUUUGGUAUAACAUGGACAAACUGUACAAGGACCACAUACAGGAAGUACUGGACAAGUGGAACCAGAUAGACGACGAGAUAUGGGCGAAGGUGAUCGUCUUCGAGAGGAACAGGCGCGUCGCCAAAGCGUACGCCAGAGCACCCGUGCUCACGGUCAACGGAUCCAACGACGGCUUCGAUGGUUUUAGGAUAGGCCUGUGCGGCUUCGACAACCCGAUGCGCGACAGCAAAACGGAGGAGGCAAAGCGACACAUAAACCAAGGCGUGAAGAUAAAAAUGGACGAGCAGGGCAACAUCCUGAUAAAACGGCUGUGCAAGAGCAACGUGUACGUAAAGUCGACACACCAGGAGGACAACGCGAUCGGCUCCGAAAUCAUUCGCAACUCCCAGGGCGCUCUCGAGCACGAGAAACCCGGCAAGCUCUUCGACAUGAACAAAUUCCAAACGAACCUCUCGCGGGAGACGCGGCGAGCCUACCCUGACCGCAAGCGCCUGGAGACCCAGUGUCUCAGCGCCAUUGUCUUCGUUCGCAUGGAACCCGACAUACUCCAAUGCCCCGUUUGGGUGCUCAUCGUCAAUGUCGUUGGCCUCGACAUGCUCAAGUCGAAGCUACCUCCAGUACUGGCACUGCAGAGGCCGGUCGACAUAAAGAACCGGCCGCGCAUACCGAUCCCCGACGAGGACCCUUACAGCGUGGCGGGCAGCUCGGGCGACGGGAACGGCCGGGUCGAUCCGAUUUACAUCGCGUACCAGCAGCAACAGCAGCAACAGCAGCAGGAGCACAGGGACGCAAGGCUCGCCCAUCGUAGGGCCGAGCGGCCGCCGAAACUACCGCCCAGGGAGAAUCUUUACGGGCACGACAUACCCAAGAUGCCGAGGCAGGUUUACGUUAAGCCGGACUACGACGACAUAGAGGACGACUACAUGUCGGGCCCCGUGAGAGCACCUGUUAUGGAAGACAAAAAGAGUAAAAAGGAAAACAUCAAGAAAUACGACGAUCCCUACUACUGCGGCCUACGAGCGCGCGUCCCGAACUUUGUGAAAAUGGCCAAGAGCAAUGGCCUAGAGCGCCCCAGUGGAAAACUCCCAGCAGCUGCAUAUGGACACUCGACUAGUCGCGCCAGCCUCCAACAGCAGCACCACCAUCACCAUCCCGGCUACAUCGCCGCGCAAAACUACUCCGCGUCAGCUCAGAUCGGCCAGUCGGCUCAGAUCUACGGACACCAAGUCGCGGCCCUACCAGCUUCGGCCAAGCGGCCGCCCAUCAUGUACCACACCAGGAGCUUCGAGAGUGGACUCGAUUCCGACGACAGAAUCGAUUCUCCAUACAAUCACAUUUACGGAAGGUUACCGAUCCCAACGAGGGGCGUGAUACCACCGGCGCCUCGCGCCAUGUUCAUCGGCGAGUGGGACUAG